AUGGGAGAAGGCGCCAGAACGUUGAAGAUGAAGGCCCGGACGACGACGAUCCUGGUGGUGGCGCUGACGAGCCUCUCCUUCACUCUGGUCUCGGCGGCAAAGGUGGAGAGACGCUCGGAAAUGCUAGGUGUGGUUCAGACGGAGGCCGGUCUGGUUCAGGGAGUUAACAAACACACGGGACUCUUCAGUUCGGUGGAUGUAUUCAAAGGGAUCCCCUUCGCAGACACCCCCGGACUGUGGGAGAAACCCAAACCUCAUCCGGAAUGGGACGGAGUGCUGAAGGCCACCAAGUACGCCGAUCGCUGCCUGCAGGUGACGCUGUUGCAGACGGAAACUCGAGGCAGCCUCGAUUGCCUUUACCUCAACAUAUUCGUGCCUCAGGGAAGCAAGUUAUCAUCCGACCUGCCGGUCAUGGUCUACCUGUUCGGGGGGGCCUUCCUGCUUGGGGCGUCCAACGACCUGGCCAUCCUGGGAGACUCGCUCUACGACGGCAAGGAAAUGGCCCAGAGGGGCAACGUGCUGGUGGUGACGGCCAACUACCGCGUGGGCACCUUGGGCUUCCUCAGCAGCGGAGACGCUCGUUUGCCUGGGAACUACGGCCUGUGGGAUCAGCACGCCGCCAUCUCCUGGGUACGAAGGAACAUCGCCGCCUUCGGAGGAAACCCGGACAACGUGACCAUAUUCGGACAGUCGGCGGGCGCCGUCAGCGUCAGCUUUCAGAUGUUGUCUCCAUACAGUAAAGGAUUGUUCCGGCGGGCCAUCACUCAGUCCGGCGUGGCCUUGAGCCCGUGGGCCUUGCAGAGGGAACCCAUGGCACUCACCAAAAAGAUCGCCCGUAAGGUUGGUUGUUACCGUAGCGACGAGGACCUGAUGUUGACGUGUCUGAAGAUGACCGACCCGGUGGGCCUGACCAUGGCGGGCAAAAUUGACAUCCUGCAAUUGUUGGGCAAAGGUGUGGUCAUGGACCUGUUGGAACUGGCCCCCGUGGUGGAUGGCGACUUCGUCCCCGACGAGCCUGCUCGUCUUUUCCACAAUGCCGCCAACGUGGACUACCUAGCCGGCGUCAACUCCAUGGACGGCCACUUUUUCGCUGGCGUCGACGUGCCCUCCGUUAACAAGAAGAAGGCCAACACCACCGUGGAGAACGUGCGGGGUUUCCUGACGGGUCUGACCAAAGAAAAAGGCACGUCGGCCGUGGAUUCAGCCUUCACCGUCUACUCCGCCCACUGGGGCUCCGUCCCGGAUCCGGCGGUGGUGAAGAAGACGGUGGCCGACAUCGAGACCGACUUCCUGUUCUUGGUGCCGACCCAGAUCGCGCUCCAACUCCACGCCGACCACAGCAGCGGCGGUCGGACCUUCUCCUACCUGUUCAACAUGAAGACUCGUAUCCCGGGCUUCCCUAGCUGGGUGGAGGCAGAGCAUAGCGAGGACCUGCAGUACAUCUUCGGCAAACCUUUCGCCACCCCUUUGGUCUACUUCCCGCGACACCGCGACCUGUCACGAAACAUGAUCGCGUACUGGACCAACUUUGCCAAGACUGGCGAUCCCAGUCAAGGAGGCAGUAAAGUUCCGGUCCCGUGGCCCCCUUACAGCAAAUCUCAUCAUCCUUAUCUGGCAAUUAACCACAAGAUGAGCAAGUCAUCUGUCAGCUACGACCUGAGACAGCAUUACGUCAACUACUGGACGGAGACGUACAGCCGGCUGCCGUCGGCACGACAUUCGCCAAGCCAGGAUUAG